AAAAGCUACAUAUGUCUACAAGCGAGCGGCGGAAGAUCUUCUGUUCUGUGACUUUUCACCUGGCGGCUGUGGUGUGUGUCAUCUGGUCACUCUACGUUCUGAUUGACCGCACAGCUGAAGAGAUCCGCCAAGGCAAGAACAAUGCGUUGGUGCGUUUGUCCCCUCUCAAUGCCGUAGGGGUGCUGGAUUGGCCGUUCUGGACCAAGCUCAUCGUGGUGGCGGUUGGCUUUUCUGGAGGACUCAUCUUCAUGUAUAUUCAGUGCAAAGUCUACCUGCAGCUCUGGAGGAGGCUGAAGGCUUUCAACAGGAUCAUCUUUGUACAGAACUGCCCUGACACCGUCCGCGACGAAGAGAACAGGCCACCCCCAGUCACCCAGAGCAACGGCACGCACGGGACAGCGGAGGCUCCCGCUCCUCAGACACAAACAAACACAGGAGUGGAAAUGGCCCCUGUUUGACGAUGGAUGCUUGCUGCACUGAAUCUCAGUUGCGGAAAAAUUUAGGAAAGGGCUUCUGGUGUAUUUGACCAAAGUGAUGUGAUUUACAUAUAACAAAAGCACUUUUUACAUUUUUAUUAGAGGGUGGGUAAACUUAUAUAUAGGGCUGUCAAAUUAUAACAUUAAAAGGAAUAGCUCAGCCCAAAAUAAAGAUUGUCAUAAUUUACUCACCCUCGUGUCUUUCCAAACCUGUAUAAGUUUCUUUC